AUGUCCUUGAACGGUUUGCGUGCUUUGAGCGUCAGCCAUGCGUGGGAGAGGGUGUCUACCCGCGAUUCUGAUGCUUGGAUGAUAUUGACGUAUACGAAUCGUUCGACCUUGGUGUUGUGGUCGAGUGGGUGUACCGGAUUGAAUGGGUUGGUCAACACGCCUAUCCCACCGUCGACCGAUGCUCUCUACGCUUUCGUUGCUCAGCCCACCGCUCGGCUCGACCCGGAGCCGAGUGUAUUGGCAAUCAAAUAUGUCAAGCCGACUGCGGGCGGUGUAACAAGAGCACGAACCACUGUUCAUUGGCAAACAUUGCUGGAGACCUUCCGGGGUUGGACGAGUUGUUUAGAGGUGGGUGAUUGGUCCGCACUCCGACGUGAUCGACGCGUUUCUGUUGGGAGUGUAGGAAGUUCGUACGAAGGUGCUGCAUCAGUCGAGAGUUUACAAUUGGUGCAUAGGACUAGUACGAGGAGGAGGAGACGGGAUGAAGGGUACGCUGAUAUGGACCAGCCAUGGUCCGAAUGGGCAUCACAGAAUCCGGUGCGGUUAAGUGCGUUCCCGAUGCUGCUCCCCAGUGCCACCGAGAAAGAGCACGAGCAGCAGAUGCUCCCGUUUGAGCCGCUGAUCGGGUUUCCGGCACCGCCUAGUCCGCCGUUGACUUCAAAUCCUUUGCAUGGUGGGUUUCAGAUGGAUCCGGAUCGGGAGAAGUUGAUGGAAGGGCACAAGUUGAUUGCUUUACCUCUUCAAGUUGUCCUGCCGGACCCGGAGGUGGUGAGAGCACGCUCAAAGAGUGAAGGAGGUGAUGUACCACCUAGGAGUCCGAAAUGGAUGAAUCGGAUGGCACGAGUCAACCAAGGCGUACGCUGCGUCAGUGUCGCUAUGGAGCGGGAUCGGGAACGCGAACAGGAAUCCCUGCCCGCGUCCCCAACAUUCCUCACGCCCACCAGCCCCGGACCCACAACAAGCGGUAAAUACGGACUAUGGGAGCAUUUGGCCCGUUUGGAGGCGCAAGGAAUGGAAUUGAUCGCCGGCUACGUCAACGUCCAGGCCAACUCCCCCCUCUGGCGCCGCCGCUGGCUCACAAUUCGAGACCGCAAACUGCUGGUCGAAUCCAGCCUCGGACCAGCGAGUAUGUGGGAUUUGUUGAGUGAGGUCGAGAGUGUGGGGGUUGUCAAGGAAGAGAUGGUGGGGAUGAGGAAUGUUGUUAGGGUUGGGUUUGUGAGUGGGAGGGAGGUGUUGGUUGGGUGUGAGAGUGGGGAGGAGUGUGAGGAGGUUGUGGCCGUGGUUGAGUAUUGUCGGCAGCAUGUUGUGUUGAUGUGA